AUUGCCUCGAGGUAAACAACGCAUUCAUGGUUUAACAACAUGGCGGUUCAGUGAGCUGUGCUGGAGACACGUUUAGACAUUCAUUUCUAAUUUGCAGUCUUUGCCAAAUAUUUAGUGCUGCAUUUUCGGAAAAAAUAUAUAUUUUCAUACUGCUGAAAGAUAGAUAACAGAUUUUCGGUGUCGAGUUGUCCGUUAACGUCAACAACAAAAUGAGCAACAUUUACAUUCAAGAGCCUCCAACAAGCGGAAAGGUUCUGAUCAAGACCUCAGCUGGUGACAUCGAUAUUGAGCUGUGGUCCAAAGAGGCACCCAAGGCCGCCAGAAACUUUGUCCAGUUAUGCAUGGAAGGCUACUAUGAUGGAACACCAUUCCAUAGAGUGGUGCCAGAGUUCAUUGUCCAAGGAGGAGAUCCCACAGGAUCCGGGACGGGGGGAGAGUCCAUCUAUGGACGCCCAUUCAAGGAUGAGUUCCACUCCAGACUGCGUUUCAACAGACGUGGUCUGGUUGCCAUGGCCAACGCAGGGCCACAUGACAACGGCAGCCAGUUCUUCUUCACCCUGGGUCGGGCAGAUGAGCUCAACAACAAACACACCAUCUUUGGAAAGGUGACGGGUGAUACAGUGUACAACAUGCUCAGGUUAUCCGAAGUGGAAUGUGAUCAGGAGGAAAGACCUUUAAAUCCACACAAGAUACGAACCACUGAGGUGUUACAUUCUCCCUUUGAUGACAUCAUUCCACGUGAAAGAAAAAAAUCCAAAAAGGAUGAAGACAAAAAAGAGGGAAAGAAAUCUCAGUCCAAAGCAACAAAGAACUUCAGUCUGUUGUCAUUUGGAGAGGAAGCUGAGGAGGAAGAGGAAAUGGUAACUCAAGUCAGCCAGACACUGAAGGGGAAAAGCAAAAGCAGUCAUGACCUGCUGAAGGAUGAUCCACUGCUGAGCUCUGUCCCAGCGGUCAACAAGAAAAAAGCCAAAGGUGGGGCUGGAGAAGCAGCAGAGGGUGAGGAUGAUGAGGCUGCGGAGGGGGAUGCGAAUGGUGACGAAGAGGAGUAUGACUCUGACGAGAGGCAGGAAAUGAGGGAGAGGAUCUCUAAGAAGCUGAAGAAGAUGAAGGAGGAUGAGAAGAAGAAUACCGAUCCCAGCGAGGAGGACAGAGGAAAGAGGGCCAACCGCAGCGACGAGCUGCGUCAAGAGGCUCGCCAGUUGAAGAAGGACCUACUGGCCAUCAAAAAGAGGAGGGAAGACAUCGCCAAUCCUCCAAAGAAGGAGGAGGAAGGCGAGGAAGAGAAGAAGCCAGGCAGCGAGGCGGUGGCGGAGUACCUGGAGGGCAAGAAGAAAUAUGAAGACAUGAGGAAACAGAAACUGAAGAAGGGAUCCAGCAGAGAAGCGCAGACAAUGGCGCUGCUGGACCGAUUCAAGUCCAAGCUGUCUUCGGCCAUCACUGAGACCUCCGAGGCCCCUGAGGAGGCCCCUGAGGAGCUGGCAGAGGACGACGACAAAGGAUGGAUGGCCCAUGUUCUCCAGUUUGACGAGCAAACCAGGAAAGUCAAGGAUGCCAACAUGCAGGACGAAGACACGUUUGAGAUCUCCGAUCCACGAAACCCCGUCAACAAACGGCGGAGAGAGGAGAGCAAGAAGAUCAUGAAGGAGAAGAAGGCCAAGAGGUGAGGGGUUAGGGAUUAGGCAUGGAGAUUAACCCCAGCCAUGUGACUGACCAGGCCUCUCCUCUCUUCCUCUCUAAACCUACCACUUCAAAACAACUGUCUCUCCUGAGCGAACUUUGAACCUUGGAAUGCCAUGAACAACCAAAACAAAGCUAUUUCUGAGAAGCUGUCUGAAUCCAUUCACAUCUGAACGAAGGGAACGGCUAACACAAGGCCAGUGUGACUUCAGCCCAUCAGGUUUAUCCCUCCAAUAAAAAAGGAAACGCACAUGACCUGGCAGCUAUAGCUAAUCUAAAACUAUCCAUCAUCAAGACAGUGUCAUUUUGAACUGGAAUGUGAACCCACAUUUCCAAAAAUAGGUUAAUUCUCUGUCGUACAGUACUGUAUGUUGUGAUUGCGGGAGCAUUGGAAAGUAAAGGCGAAAAGGGGUUGAGAAAUGUCGAGAAAUGCCCAGGGAUCCAGGGAAAGUAGUACGGUGAUGGAUGAUGGUCCCAAGUCAUUGACGUCAACAUGUCUGAUGACCAAUGUUGUGAACAUGUACGGAUAAUAAAUGUACCUUUUUGUCAUAAGGCACACGUUC